UGGGAUUUUUCCCCUUUCCUUUUCUUUCGGUCUCCCUUUUUUCGACAAGCGGAAUGUAUUUUCGAAGGGCGGGGGAGAGAAAAACAAGGAAGGAAGAACUAUAAUACAAGAGGGGGGGGGGGGGGGCGACACCAGGAGGAGGGAAGGGACCCUCGUCCAGGGCCUAGAGCCGUACCCCGAGGAUGGGAGCCAAGCGCGGCAACGAGGUAACCACCAACCGUUGGCCACAAUCCAUGAACAGCUGGUCGCCGCGCACCACCAGACGAUUGAUGAUGAUCGACGGGUCUAAUAGAUCCCACUCCAGGGGGAAGAGGGCCUGGUCAUCGCGGCCGGGCUGGAGAGACGGCAUGCCCAGCGCCCCGGUGCCGGGCGGCGCAUCGACCACGCGCACAGGGACCCCGCCGGCACAUUCGGCACAUGCGUCGGCCAGCUGGCCGCCGGCCAGCCGCCGCGGCUGGGCAGCGGCCUCGCCAGCCACAAGACCGGGCGGAACUGCCCGGGCCAGACACACCGGCCGGCCAUCGGCGAUGUGGAUCGGCACACAGCCAACCGCCCGGCCACGCGCCAACUCGAAGACCCGGAACCCGGCACGGAAGUCGCCGGCCCCGGCAUCCGGCGCGGCGGGCACCACUCCCGGCCCGAGGAUGAGCAUCUGGUCACGAAUGGCAAAGCCCACACACCCGGGAUUGGCCAGGCGGCGAACCGUGCGGAAGGUGCCGAGAUCACACAGGAGGACCGUCUCGUCUUCGGCCGUGGUGACCAGCGUCCCGAGCGACUCGUCCAGGUGGAGCUGCCGCACCGGGAACCGAGCAUGGCCAUGGUGCACGGACAGGCAUUCCCCGGUCUCGGUGCACCACCGGCGCACCUCGCCAUCCUUGGCCCCGGACACCACCCGGAGCCACACCCGGGUCGGGGGAGCGGCCACUCGCCCCGGGGACCCGCCGAUGGCACUGGCGGCCGAACUCGCCGGGGGGGCGGCUUUGCCGGUGGUGGCGGCCUCCGGCGAGGUGCCCAUGGCCGCGAGGGCCGCGCGCACACGCGCCAGCUCCGGCAGGCGGCUUGAGGUCGGCAACGGAGCCCCCGAAGAGGAGGCCGCAUCACCGAAGGGGCCGAGCCCGGCAUCGCCGGCGAUCGAUUCGUCGGCCGCAACGCGCCAGGUGACACACCGUGAGAGGGCCGUCACCGGGGUCGUGUGCCCAUGCAACACCCGCAGUGGCCGGCGCAAGUCCUCCCCCGGCAGGUGCCCCUGCAGGUGGUACAGGUGAAUGGACCCGCUGGCCAGGCCGACGGCCAGCAGCCCGUCCGGGCCCAAAUCCAAGCAGGUGACACCGGCCGGGUGGGGGAUUUGCACGAGACAGCGCAACUCCGGCAGCGUCCACACCGAGACCAGGCCCCCGGCGGCGCCAGCCACCAGGAGCUGAGCCCGAGCCGAGACCACCAGCCCGGUGAUGGCCCCGCCGCCGGGAGGCAGCAGAGAACGCGGCGGACAGGCCGACCCCCCGGCAUCCAGGCCGCCGCCAGUGGCAUCCAGGCAGAAGACCGCCCCAUCCCCGUGGCCGGAGAAGAGCAGGCGGUCGGCCGCCGCCAAAUGCCACGCCGGGCUGGGAAGCCGAUAGCACACGAGCUGCACCCCGGAGGUGGGGUCCCACACGCGAAGGGUCCGGUCCAGGCUGGCCGAGGCGGCCAGCCACUCGGCGCAGGCCACCUCCUCGGCCGGCAGGUGCCCAAGAUCCCAGGCGGCCUGGGCCCCGGUGUUGGAGGCCAACUCCCGGCGCAAGGCCCAUGCAGGGGCCCGGAAGGCCAGCUGCGGCGGCCGGAAGGCCACGAAGGCCGUCACAUCGGCCUGGUGGCCGCGCAAUGCCAGGCUCUGGGCCUGGGAGCAGGGGACCGGCGCGCCGGGCGGCGGCAUGACGUGCUGCCCGUCGCGGCCAUCGGGCAGGCCCGGGCCGCCGGCCAGCGGAGUCGGGGUCAGCCAUGGCGGAGGCACCACCGCCGGCCGGCGGAGCUCCAGCAAACCGAACACAUCGAACCACCGGAGCCGGACCACGGCCAACAAAACCGCCAUGCUGACAAUCAGCAUGGCAAUCAGCGCAAAGACCGCCAGCAGCGGGGACAGUUGACCCAGCGCCGGGGCCAAGUACGCCAGCAAGGCCGACACCCAGGCCGCCGCGCGGACGGACGCCGGCCCGGACAUGGGGCUCCCCUGGCCCCGGACCAGGGCCGCCCCGGCCUGCAGAAGCCACACCACCAGCAGGCGCAAAGGCCGCGACCAGGACCCGGAAGAGGGAGGCGCGUCGGGGCCGGCACCCGCCCCGGUGCCAGGGCCGCCGGAGGGCGGAGUCGACAUGGCCGGACGCUUGGCCGACCCGUCGCCGCCCAGGGCCCCCGGCAACAGGUCCGCCAGACUCCCGGUCCAGGAGGCGCGGUCGCGCCAGGACGAGGCCGACCGGCGCCCAUCCGAAGGGGCACCGGUUGUGGGGAUCCCACGGCGGUCAUGAGCGGCGCCGCCCGGCCGGCCGCCAGCCCGGCGAGCUGUGUCACUGAUGAGGGCAUCCGACAGGCUGACGCACGACCCGAAGGCAGGACGGUCGGGCGAGCUGGGAUCGGCCCGCGCGGAAAGGGUCACCAGCGUUACGGGAUGGAUUUCCACCAGGAGGUCCACCCCGGCCGGGUUGGCCACAGACCAGAUGCUAUCACUCACCGGCUGCGGUAGCCACCGGUGGAAGGCCUCCAGGAAGGCGGUUCCCGACUCCUGGAAACGGCGAAUGUCCACCUCCGACGCGGGCUCCCACCCGGCGAAGGAGCUGCCAUCCGGAGGCGUGGCCACCGGUGCCGACUUGGCCGGCAUGGAGGAGCCGCCGGCGCCGCUGUCGGGCCGCGCGCCGGCCGGAGCCGAGAGGAGGUGCAUGCGCACCGUCUCGGUGAAGAGCCGGGCCGGACGCCACCCCCCGGAACCCAGAUCCGCACCGGCGCUCCCCACCCCGGCCAUGGGCCACAGAUCCAUCGAGGAGUCGGCCCACCGAGGGGAGGCCAGAAGAUGAUCGACCGGCGUGGGCAGCGCCCCGGUCGGGUUGAUGCUGCCGCUGUUGCUGCUGCUGCUGCUGCU